UGGCGAUUUUGGAUUAGCAAGAAAUAUCUAUGCACACAAUUAUUAUCGUAAGGACGGAGAAGCUUUACUCCAAGUUUGAUGGAUGGCGCCAGAAUUACUAGUGGAUGGUGUUUAUACUAGUAAAUCUGAUGUCUGGGCUUUUGGUGUCUUAWUAUGGGAGAUUAUGUCGCAAGGUCAACAUCCAUAUCCAGGACUGUCCAAUACAAAUGUUAUGUAUUUUGUUCAAAAUGGUGGAAGACCUGAAAAACCAAUAAAUUGUCCAAAAACUUUAUAUAAAUUAAUGAAUAGCUGGCAUGAUGAGCCUGAUAAAGGGCCUUCAUUUAAAUUUUGUCUAAAAUUCAUAAAAUUGUAUCAUACGGUUCUUGAAUACAUAAAUCCAGAGAAACCUCUUGAAGAAAAAUCUAUUCCCGAAUAUUUAAAUUUAUAA